AUGAAAUCUCACAAAGGUCCAGCUGCAGCCAAUUACCUGCCAGCACCUCUGGAUAAAAACAUGGAUGAAGUGCCUUCCAAGCAGGAGCCUUCUCAGCAGUUUUUGGUGCGUGCUGUGAAAGAUGAGGAGAUUACAGAAAAGUUCUUCCCUGUCCCUCCCAAAGAGCCAGCUGCCAUUGACCUUUCUCACCUCUCUCCCCCUCAGCAGGACGAGAUAAAACCUUUCUUGAACCCAGGUCUGUUCCAGGAGACGCCUGGCUUUACGUCACUGGUCCAACAUCAGAUCCACCUCAAGCAGGAAGCUCCAAAGAGACAGAGGAGCUACAGGAUCCCAGAGCGUCCCACUCGUGUUCUCCUCACUUCUCCCUCAUCAGCCCCUCUCUCCUCAUACCUCCACUGGCUCCUCUCCUCUUCCUGCACCGCUGGUACCGUCUCGGCCAGUGAGACGUACCAGGGGGCCUUGGACUCUCCACGGACGCCUCCACUUGUCCUCUCCUUCUCUCCGUCUUUCCUCCUCUUCCACCGGCGUCGCUAA